GAAGUGAGGUCACAUAAUAUGGCGGCUGGGGCUUAGCUGCGCUGAGGGAGGAUCCGGGUCUCGGGGAAUCUGCGUCCAUCCUCCCCACCCGGGGUGCGCUGUCGCCCCCGAAUCCCUCCAGCGUCGAGAGGCGGGGCUAAGGGCCGCGAUGGUCUCCGGCGUCGCCCUGCUGUGAGACAGGGUCCCUCGCGACUGGGUCCGCGUCCUGCCGAGCCGCCUCGAUGGAGUUGAGAGUCGGGAACCGGUACCGGCUUGGCCGGAAGAUCGGGAGCGGCUCCUUCGGGGACAUUUACCUCGGGACUGACAUUGCUGCUGGAGAAGAGGUUGCCAUCAAAUUGGAAUGUGUGAAAACCAAACAUCCUCAACUCCAUAUAGAAAGCAAAAUUUACAAAAUGAUGCAGGGUGGAGUGGGCAUUCCCACAAUCAAAUGGUGCGGUGCUGAAGGUGACUACAAUGUAAUGGUGAUGGAAUUGUUGGGACCAAGCCUUGAAGAUCUCUUUAACUUCUGUUCAAGAAAAUUCAGCCUCAAGACAGUCCUUUUACUUGCUGACCAAAUGAUUAGCCGAAUAGAAUACAUUCAUUCGAAGAACUUCAUCCACCGAGAUGUAAAGCCUGACAACUUCCUGAUGGGAUUAGGCAAGAAGGGCAAUCUUGUCUACAUCAUAGAUUUUGGGCUGGCCAAGAAAUAUCGGGAUGCUCGAACGCACCAGCACAUUCCAUAUCGUGAAAAUAAAAAUUUAACAGGAACUGCCCGUUAUGCCUCUAUCAACACUCAUCUUGGAAUUGAACAAUCUCGCAGAGAUGACUUGGAGUCCUUGGGCUAUGUACUCAUGUAUUUUAACCUGGGCUCCCUCCCCUGGCAGGGAUUGAAGGCAGCUACAAAAAGACAGAAAUAUGAACGCAUCAGUGAAAAGAAAAUGUCCACACCCAUUGAGGUUUUGUGUAAAGGAUACCCUUCUGAAUUUGCUACAUACCUGAAUUUUUGCCGUUCGUUGCGUUUUGAUGACAAACCGGAUUAUUCAUAUCUAAGGCAAUUAUUCAGAAAUCUCUUCCACAGACAAGGCUUCUCCUAUGACUAUGUAUUUGACUGGAACAUGCUGAAAUUUGGUGCAAGCCGUGCAGUCGAAGAUGCUGAGCGUGAACGAAGAGAGAGAGAAGAAAGACUGAGACACACACGAAAUCCUGCAGUUCGUGGCUUACCUUCCACUGCCUCUGGCAGGCUGAGGGGGACACAAGAUGUAGCUCCACCAACCCCUCUUACCCCAACUUCACAUACAGCAAACACAUCUCCUCGGCCAGUGUCUGGAAUGGAGAGAGAACGGAAAGUGAGUAUGCGAUUGCAUCGUGGGGCCCCUGUCAAUAUCUCCUCGUCUGAUUUAACAGGCCGACAAGAUACCUCACGCAUGUCAACCUCACAGGUACAAAACAGUUCUGAUUUUUUUUUAAUGGGGAAAAGACUAGGAGCUCAGUAAUGUCCUUUGACAAGAUCAGAGUAAAAAAUACUCUUUGAGUAGGAUAGAUCGUCUCACAAUUAUGUUUAGACAUGCCAUUCUCUUAGUUGAUCUGAAUUAGCUGAAGAACCGCAACUUGUGAAGUCCUUAGCUUUCUGACCUUGAGGUUUAAGUGUGAAGGAGAGUAUUGUAUAGGUUAUUAAAAUUGAGGGCUGGGUACCUCCCUUGUUUAAUGCUUUUUUGGAUAUUUGUGUAUUUGCAGGAUACAGACUUUUAACAGCCAUGGAAAUAUCAGUGACUUUUACUAUUCUAUGUGAAUCAUCAACUGACUUAAAUGUCAUGUUUUCUUCUAACCACUGCAGAUCUCAGAAGCCUUGUGCAAAUGAAUCAAAGCUAUUACUUGUUACAUUUCAUGCCGAAGAAGGAUCAAUAAGUGCUCUCCUUUUAUCCUUCGUACAGACUCAAUUUGUCCAAUAUUACACAGGGCAAUAUAAAUUGUAGCCUUAGUCAUCAGUCGUUUGUUCUGUAGUGUCUAGUUGCAAAGUUGCACCUGUUUGGCAAUUUUGACAUGGCUUGAGCUGUAUUUUCAAAUAAAUUGCCAUUUAUGGAAAAUAGCUACCAGCUUCUGUCUGGUAUAAGUGACCAUCUGUAAUAAUAUCCGGUAUAAGAGGAGUGUGCUUAAAGCUACUGUAGCACUGAAAUUGUUUUGCCUGUGAAAUAAGAGGUUGAAAGAGGAAUGAUCUGUCUUGCAUUCUUUGUAUUACUUUGUUGGGUGAUGGUACUGUUCAUACUACUAUGAUUUUCUUGUAGAAUUUACUAAAGCUUGAAGUAAAAAAUGAUUUCCAAAUUAGCCCUGGGCAUGCAUCCUUGUUGAAAGUAUGGAGCUAAACUAGACUAGUUGUUGUGAAUGAGUCUGUACGUGACUGCAGUAAGCAACCUUCUUGACCAUGGGGCAGCUAAUUGCAAAUUGUAAUGUUUUGCAUACAGCAUGCAUUACUGAUUUAUUUUAAUAACCUGUGGCAUAUGUUCUGAAUAUUUCAGUUGAAUUACAGCACAGCUCACAUAACAGGCUGUAAGUGUAAAUUAAUGUUGUAUAAAAGGAAGACUAUUUUUGGAAGAUAAAUGCAUAUCCUGCAUGGUUGUGCAGUGGGAUAACAAUUGACUCCAUUUUGUUGGUCAUUUUUUGUUUGUUUGCAAACAGAAGGAAAAUGUUUGUCUGGUGCCUGAAGAGAGGAUAUUUACUAACAUUAGUUGCUUGAAACAUUCCAGUUUCUUACUCCAUUGUAGAUUCCCCCACAGUAUGUGUGACACACAACCAAACAAGGCUUGGAUUUCAUGCAAGUCUACAAUACUUUACAAAGUAGAGCUUUGUCUCAUGAAAGCCACAGCAGGGGACUCUAAGCUUUCUCAUUCCAAAAUAGUAGCUAAAAAAAAACAGUUGUGAAUUUCUGAACAUUGAUAUUGUUCAGGUUUGAUUCUAAGAGAAGGGUGUAUGUGUGAGAACCAGAGAACACACUAAAAUUUUGGGAAGGCCAGAUCAGGAGAAGAGCCAUUUGAAGGCAUUAGCAAAUUGAUCUUUGACUUUGUGUCAGUUGAAGAAAUGCUAAAGGAGCAAAAGGUUUUACAGCUGAACAGGACAUAAAUGUGGAUGUUGCAGUUGGUGUUUAGAGCACCAAGCAUCAAAAACAGUCACGAAUGUUAGACAAAGGCAGCAGAUGACACAGGAGCUUUUAGUAGCUUUAAUAAUAGAAAACUCAAACCAGUGGUGCAUGUUUGUUGGAAAGAUAAUUGAGGGUUAAAAGUUGUUUUGUUAAAAGUAUAAAGGAGGAAAUGUGUUGAUUAUGGUUAGUUUUGAUUAACUGUUGCAGUAAGAAAAAAGUGAGACUGUUUUACAUCAUGGCUGUAGUGAGUUCCAUUGACCACAUUGGGACUUGGUUUUUGAGUAAACAUGCAUAGAAUUGUUCUUUGUUUACUUCGCAAAAGUAAAUAAAAUUUCUGGGUUUUUUGCUGUUGUUAUAUGAAAACCAUCAUAAACUUUUGUCUAUGACCAGUACAUACUGCUAAAGGUAUGUAGUUUGACUCUAGCUCAGGACCAUCACAAUUCCUCAAAUGCUAAAUAGUAUCUGAUACAAAGAGCAAAAGCCUUUUGGGAAGACAGUCUUUAAUGUAGAAUAAUAUGGAAUUUCAAGUUUCAACUCCAUAGGAGCACAAAUUUUGUCACCCAUCACUAGCGUUCGCAAUAAAGUGAUUAUGGUUUAUUAUACUAUAUACUGAGGCUUCAAAAUGAAAGAUCCAUUCCUUAAACAACACAAGUAAGAUUUUCUGGAAGCCCAGAGUCUGUACCUAAUAGCCAUUCUUUAUCAUACUGAUUAUAAAUACAUUCUUAAUGCCAUACUUUUGCUUGAUUUGAAUGCUACCUCCAGUCAGGCAGAUCAGAUGGUAGCUUUUUGAAUGAGUCUCUGAAUCUCUUGUUCCUAUUGUUAAUAUCCAACAAAUGUCUACUCUAGGAAAUGAAUAAGAGGUCUAUAAAGCAUAUUUCCCCAUUCUUUCAAUAUAUACUGGUCAGAUUCACAGUGGAUAAGAUCUCCUUGAUCCCUACUCUAAGCUGGGAUGGAGCUGGGGAAGAUGUUUCUCUCCAGGAUUUAAAUGAGUGUGUCUUAUGGGUAUAUUGCAGACUUGAUAAUUUUGAAGAAGAAAAAAUAAAACUUUUGGAGUUUUGAGACUAUUUCUUUUAUCUUCCAUCUGUAAAGCCAAGCCCCAACAGACCUCGAAGGAAGAGGAAGAAAGUGCAUAUUUGCAACUCAAAUGACCUGGAAUAAAGCACUUCUUAGACUCUGAGGUGUAGUUGCUUGCUUUCCUUUACAUCAGGGCCAUUGAAAAGCAGAAUGAAUUGCAUCUAAUAUCUGAAAAUCUUGUUGUUUUUGAUUAUUGAACUUAGAAGGCAGUAAACAUCCAAUAAGUCUUGGCUAGAUCAGUGUAUCUCUUUCCUAGCUCUCUGUUUGUGAUGAUGGUUUGCAUUGCACAUUUAAUUGGUCAUUUUCAUCUGAAAUGACUACCUUAUAAAAAAUUGGUAUGGAACUGUGAAGUUUGCCUUGGCUGUGUUAAGUGGGUAAAAAGUAGUUUGAAAUAUUUCUGUACCGCUCCAGCAGAGAUCCUAGGACCAAUUACAAAAACUGUGUCAAUAGACCAACCCUCCACCCCCUGCAAAUCAUUCAUGAGUGUGUUCUACCAGCUCAUGAAUUUAGUGAGUCUUUACAUCUUUUUUUGUUUACUUGUUUGAAGUAAAAUAAUUUAUUUAAAAGCUUAACAACUGGUUCAGAAACAUACUUUAAACAUAUUCACAGUAUUUCAGGAUGAGACGACUGCUCAUUCUGUUCUCAGGACCUCAUUCCAAAAGCACCUGACAGGUUAUGAGCCAAACAAGACUAAAACUUCAGUUGGUUCAUCUUGUAAAUAUAAAUAUCUUGGGAACCUGGCUCAUUAAAGCUUGAGAAUCCCAAAAGUGAAAAUCCAAGUAGAUAAAUUCCAAACUGAUUAAGGUAAAUUCCCUUCUACUAGCUGUAGCCCUCUCCAGCUGCUUUGCUGCCAUUGCCCUUCCUUGUAUGUACUUGACUGGACAACGGGGUGCUUCCUCUCCAUAUAUGUAAGAAGUAGUUGUGGGUUAACAGUGGAAUUCAAACCAAAGAGGAUCCACUCCCAAUUUCUGUAGUAGAUCAUGUUAACUUCUACUGACUAUAAAAACUCUGGAGGAUGAAUAGUCUGAUGGCACUGAUGUUCCUUGGUAUAUUAUCCCUGUCUGCUACAAAAUGAAGUAUCUUAGUAUAUGAGCCCUCUCGCAUGUACCUCAUUCUUCCUAGCAAAGGGCGAGUAUUUCAUAAGAAUUUGUUUGUCUGAGUAAUCUGUAAUGUGCAACUGGUGUUUUUUUCCCCAAAAACUGAGCAAGGUGCUUCACAAAAUGGUGAUCAUAAUGCAGUGGAGCAUUACACUGCGUACUUGAUGCAAUUACAAAUGACCCUCUUUGAAAAGUCACAAAUGUAUGAAAUCUCUGUGACCUACAUUUUCUAUUCAGAGAAAAGAGAAUGAAGAUUAAGAGUACGGAAUCCAGCACUUCCUGAACGAAAGGAGAUUGGUCUAUCACAAUAGCUUUUAAAUACUGUUUCAAAAAUAUCCUUCUAGCCAAACUUGAGGCUUUUGAGUUUGGAAAUGAGAAUGUACGAAGUGUAGUGCAGUUGUUUCUUCAAUGAAAUUGGCUGCAGUUUUGAAAUUUGCCACUUUCCUGGGGUGAGUGAGUUGCCCCUGCUAAGUAGCAAAUGGUACCAGCCCACACUUCCUUUGCCACUGUAACACUGGUGUGUUUCUAUCAGCAGAAAACUGGCUAUGCUUCUGGCUCUCUGCCAGUAAUUUUACAACAGUUGUCUGCCCAUGCAUCCUUCCUGGUUACUGGCUUGAACUGCUUUCCCCAUGCUAUACUAUAGUGGUGUGCAUGGUAGCCUGUGGGGGCGGGGAGUUCAGCAUUGUGGUGUAGAGGUUUAGCAGCAACAAAAAAUACAGGUUGGCUAGUCCCUUAACAGAACUACAGUAUACAAAUGUGUGACGUCCCUUUCUGCCUACCUCUGUGUGCUGACACACUGAAAGAUUCAAGGUCUUGCUGUCUUCUUUCCUUUGAAGAUUUCCACUUUAGUACUAAUUUAUUUGGCUAAAUGUCUUUGCUACCGCUUUUAGAGAGUUUCCCUUGGUCAUGAAGACCCUGCUUUCCUAACAAAUCACAAUUCUUGCAGUAGGUAUAAUAUAGCCUACUUACUAUGCUUAUGUUGCCAUGAGAUCAGUCAGAUACAUAUAUUUUUUGUAAUUUUUCAUAGUUACAAUCCAAGCACAAUAGCCUCUUCCACAGCUCCAAAGCAUCUCAAACUUGAUUAAAUUAUGUGAAUUCUUAUCUGGCACCCCAGUAAUAUUUCGUCUGUCAGCAUUAAAUCCCAGUAAUGAUACCUUAUGGUCAACAUUAACUAUUUCCUUGGUGACCACUCUAGCAGGUACACCAGGGGAUGGGUUGUGUGUGGAGCCUGCGGGGAGCUGAGACUUUGAAGUUGCUGCAGAGAAAGAAAGGCAGAAGGAAGAGCAAAUAAGACAAAAGGCAGAAGAUGGUGAAGAAAGAAGAGUUAAUAAAGAUCAGAGAAGUGAUUUAAGAGGGACAAUUUUUUUCUCAAAUGUUUGAAUUCUACUGUACAGUAUUAAAUAAAAAUGCUAAACUUAUAGGUCCUUUACAUUGACCAGAUUCAUGCUUUGGCCUCUGCCAAAAAUUCCUUCCAAUUGGUGUGGUUGUGGGCCAAGUGACACGAUUCCAUACUUAGUGGCACUGGCCAUGUAAGAGAUCAAAUGGAGAGCCACUAAAGACUAAUGUUGUGGUUCAUGCUGGGUUGCUAAAGUUAGAGAGUCAUAAAGUAGGGUGGUCAAAAGCCUCCCCUAGAGGAUGAAUAGAAGGAAAGCCAGGCUGCAAUGCAGAACUGCAAUCAAUUUUACCACCUUCAAAAUCAUAGUGGUUGGGAGGAGAAUACUGGAAAUGGAGCAGGGUUUCUUGGAACAAAAAAUACACAAGGUAUGUCUAAAUCUGCAAAUGGUUGGCAUUCUGUCAGACAUUUGGCAAGAAAACUCCACCUCAGUCAUAUGCAUACCUCCAGACUACUGGUGGGGGCACUGAUGACCAAAUGUUCCACAGUACACAUACCUCUCAAAUCUUUCCACAUGGAAAACUAGAUGUUUGGUGGAAGGGUUCUAGCCUUUUCACUGACCUACUUCUACAUAUGAAGUGAAUCUA